GCGUGGGCUCCUCGACCACAAGCCUAACGAGUUCCCUUACCAGUUCGAUCGGCUUCUGUGCGCGUUUCCCACGCACACGCAGGCGAGAGCCAAAGGCCAACGCGCGUGCGGCCGCACCGGGAGGAGGGCAUGGCGACGGCUACGGUGACAACGACCAUGACACGGGCGCGGCGCCACGGCGGGGGGUGCUGCGGCGGCCACGCGGGCGACGACGUGGACGUGGUGCCCUCGGCGCGGGAGGAAGGGCCGGUGGCGGCGGCGGGGAAGGAGGAGGAGGAGGAGCGGCCGCUGCCGCGGCUGGUGAGGUUCGAGGAGCUGCCGGACUACCUGCGGGACAACGAGUUCAUUCGCGGGCACUACCGCUGCGAGUGGUCCGUCCGCGACGCGCUGCGCAGCGCCUUCGCGUGGCACAACGAGACGCUCAACGUCUGGAGCCAUCUGGGAGGCUUCUUCCUGUUCCUGUGGCUCGCCGUCGCCGGGGAGACGGAGCGGGCGGCCGCCGCCGGCGUUAAGGCCGCUCCGGGCAUCGUGACGUUCGUGAUGACGCCAGCCAAUGCGUCGUGGGAGACCAGCAACUCGAGCUUGGUGGUCAAGGGUUUCUCGGCCUUGGGAGGCAGCACCCACGCGGUGACGAGGUGGCCGCGGACGGUGUUCCUGGUGGGUGCCAUGGCCUGCCUGGCGGUCAGCGCGGCGGCGCACCUCCUGGCGUGCCACUCGCGCCGCUUCAACCGCCUCUUCUGGCAGCUCGACUACGCCGGCAUCGCCGUCAUGAUCGUGGCCUCCUUCUUCCCGCCCGUGUUCUACGCCUUCCUCGGCCGCGCCGCGACGCAGCUCGCCUACCUGUCCGCGAUCACCGCGCUGGGCCUGCUCGUGGUGGCCGCGCUGCUGGCCCCGGCGCGCUCGUCGCCGCGCCUGCGCAGCCUCCGCGCCGCGCUGUUCGUGUCCAUGGGCCUGUCGGGGGUCGUCCCGGCGCUGCACGCGCUGUGGCUCAACUGGGGCCACCGCGAGUGCCACCUCGCGCUGGCGCUGGAGCUCGUCAUGGGACUGGUGUACGCGUCGGGGGCCGGGUUCUAUGUCAGCCGCGUGCCGGAGAGGUGGCGGCCGGGCAGGUUCGACUGCGUCGGGCACAGCCACCAGAUCUUCCACGUGCUCGUGCUCGUCGGCGCGCUCACGCACUACGCCGCCACGGCCAUCCUGAUCAGCUGGCGCGAGGGCAUGGCGGCGUCCGCGCUGUUGUGAUUCGAGUGGAAUGUAUGCACGUAGGCUAAGGGUGUGGCAAUUGAUUAAUUGAUUCUUUGUACUCGAUGUACAUCAAAUGUUAAUGAAACAAGUAUGGGAGAUGCUAAUUCUCGUGCAUAUGAAAACGGCAA